AUGGCGUCUGUGGGCCGAGCCUCGAAAUCAAUAAGCAAUGGACUCGCUGCGGCUGCGGCUGUGAGACCCCGGUAUGUCUGUCGCACAUGCAAACAUCAACUACUGCAACGCGAAGCACAGCAAGCCCGACACUCCUCUAGCCUGUCGUCAAGAGACUGUAUCCAACGCACCGUAGGCCUCGUCAACGAACAGCGCCGCCAUGCCUCCUUCAAUUCUCUCAGCCGCUCUCAACAGUCUCGACAACCCUUGUCAAAUGAAGCUGAGAAUCCCUUGAGGAUCGAGGAGUAUGUCGAAGCGUCGACUUGGGACGGAUUGGAGCAUAUAGGCCAUCAGGGACACUGGAGAGAUCUACCUGCUGAUCCUAAGGAUGAUUAUGAACCCUGGCUCGAUCCAACCACGACAACACCUCUUCAGCGAGACGAGUUCCUCUCCUUCCUUUACAUCUCCGUCGUUGAGUGCCUCGCAUAUAAACAACUUGGCAAGGAUCCGGCGAUCCUUUUUGAGCAGGGUCCACCCGACUUCCAUGGUGAUAUGACUUCGCUGAAGAUCAAACUGUCGAGCUCUGGAACUGUGUCACAUCUCGAAGAUCCGAGAAAUGUUCUGCAGAAAGCCAACGAAGAGCCCAGGCCUGAGUUGGAGAGGCAAGAAGAGAUCGAACUUUCCAUCUCCGAGGUGGAAGAACAGCUCUCUGGCGCAAGAUUUGAUUUCGGCGAUCCUCUCACAUUUGCUAUUAUCAAACGCUUUUCCCAACUCACCUCACACCGCGUCCCUGACCCCCUCCUCAACACCGUCUUGCGAAGCGGCAAACCUCUGACCACUUUUGUCGACCUGCUCACUCAAACUGCCAAGCCCAAACCCAAGAGAUUCGCAGAACUGCUCCUGGCCAAGCAGAAGAAAGCACUUGAUUUCGCGGCGAGGGAGAAACUCCGUGCCGAAGCUGGGGAGACGCGAUCUUCGAUUCAGACAGAGACAGAGAAAUCUGUACGGCCAGAAGACCCUGCCCAGGCAAAGGUGAAGAAGCAGCGACCGAGUUUUCAGCCCCUAGGUCCCAACGUGAUGAUCUUCCCCCGCCGCGAGACGGAAGUUGAUCGCGAAAUGGAGGUCGGACGCUGGAAGGUCGUCAAGCGCGAACUGGAGAAUCGCGGUUUGCCAGUUUACCCGCUUCCGAGGCUGGUACCAGAGGGAGAACAGUGGAGACGAGAGGAAGCGGAAGGGGAAGCUGCGCAGAGGAACCUGUGA